AUGAAAUCGAAUCUUUUCACAUUACUAUGCAUUUUUCAGGAAACAGCUCUGGGCGGGGCUUGCAUGGCGAUUAGUGAAGUCUUAAUACGCAGGUCCAAGACAAGAGGAAAAUUACAUUCGUGACGUUGUUCGCCGCGACAUUGAUGGCCCGGGUCAAUUAUUACGUAAAAUUGGCUCGGCCUCUCUUAUCUAAGAGGACACAGAUGCAAAAUGAAUGCGAAAAAGUAAAGCCACGCCUUUGCUGAAAACAAGAUUCAACGUUACACACUUCCACUUUUCUCCUGGAUUUAUAGUAGCAGUUUAGCAGUUCAGUAUGCCAUGUGGUUACGGUCUGUUCAACAUGCCUGAAGAUCCACGUGCGGGCCACUCUCGAAACUCAUUCAGAGGUAAAAACGUCGAGUUAUCGGUUAAGUUAGCGGAGAAAAGCUCAAGCAACGAACUGUUUUGUAGCUUUGAACUUAUCUCGCGUCCAGAUGGGAGGGAGGAGACUUACCAGCAAAUGUUCUCGGUAUUGGAACAAUGCAAUCCAUUAUUUUAUUCAAUCACCUGGCACAAGGUGGAGAAUGUAUCAGCAGAAAAUCAUCCCUCGCUGAAGUUGUUUGAAAAAUGUUCAAACAUCAAAUUGCUUCAUUUGACAGCGAAAGGAUCGACUCGUGGAACUGUUAUGCACGUGUUAAAUCGUGCACUUACAGUUGAAAAAAAAAAUAUAUUCGCUUUGCAAGGAGAUUCUGACAAACUUGAUGUUGAAUCAACUGCUACAGAUUUUCCAUACGCUGCUGAUCUAGUGAAAUUCAUACGUGCUGAAUUUGGAUCGAAGUUCUCAAUUUGUGUAGCAGGAUAUCCAGACAUGCAUCCAAAGUCUCCUUCAAAAGAAUCUGACCUGUUUUACUUGAAGGAAAAAGUCAAUGCCGGGGCAGAUUUCAUUAUAACUCAAACAAUUUUUGAAUCACAAGUAUUCAUAAAGUUUGUGAAAGAUUGUAGACACAUAGGAAUCAACAUUCCAAUAAUUCCAGGAGUAUUUCCGAUUUCGGAUUUCAAAUCAUUGCAAAAUUUGUCCAAAAAUUGCAAAGCUAAAAUACCCAACAAUAUACUGCAAGAUUUGGAAUUAAUCAAAGAUGAUGAUGCAGCUGUACAAGAAUAUGGAAUGAAUUUGUCAACGAGAGUUGUCAAGGAAAUAUAUCAAAGUGGAACAGCCAAUGGGAUUCAUGUAUUCACUUUAAACAGAGCGAAGUUGGCCUUGGAAUUUUGUAAACGUGUUGGAUUCUGCAAGGUGUAAAAAUUGUG